GAAGGACUCUAGCCUAUCCUCUCUAAACAAUCAAGGCAAUGGUCCUGACUGAGUCGCGGCUUACGAGUGAGACUUUUUCACUGCAAAAGCCAGGGAAAAACACUCCACGUUGAAAUGAACCAGAGGCCAGCAGUCGCUAUGGAUUAAAACGGAAACUUUUACGAUGGCUGUUAAUGUGAAAAAGUAGGCAAAACAUCAGCAGACCUUCAGCAAGCAACUAGAUGCACGAGCCUUGCUAGUAUGAGCGAGCAGAGCGGUCACAAACCUGGCUGCAGUAUUUUCCUCAGUAUUUUAACCGAAUCAGCCUCCUUAAACCUUUAACGACUUGUGUUACUUUAAAUUCUAAAACAGUCAAAGUCCGGUACACUUUUGAUUCUGAAAGAGUUAUGGCGGGGAAGGUGACAGCAGGCUCGGGAAUACUGCUCGUGACAGCCAACGUUGGAUCGCUCUUUGAAGAUCCUGAUAACCUACAGAAGACAUGGCUGCGGGAAUUCUACCAGACUGUCCAAUCACACAGGCCCCACUUCAUCGCAGUGCACUGUCAAGAGGUGGGCGGGAAGAACUACGAAGCGUCCAUGUCACACGUGGAUUGUUUUGUCAAAGAGCUGCUGUCCAGUGAUGCCAUGAAGGAGUACAACAGAGUCCGUGUCUACCUCGACGAGAACUACAAAUCCCAGGAGCAUUUCACAGCACUAGGAAGUUGCUACUUUCUUCACGAAUCAUUGAAAAACAUCCAGCAGUUUGAUUUCAAAGCCAAGAAAUUCAAGAAGGUGGUUGGGAAAGAGAUCUACUCAGACACACUAGAGAGCACACCCAUGUUGGAGAAGGAGAAGUUUCCUCAGGACUACUUCCCUGAGUGCAAGUGGUCCAGAAAAGGCUUUAUCAGGACUCGAUGGGCUCUGGCUGACUGUGCUUUUGACCUGGUCAACAUCCACCUGUUCCACGAUGCCUCCAACAUACUGGCCUGGGAGAAGAGCCCCUCAGUCUACUCCGGGACGAGACAGAAGGCCCUGGGCUUCGUCUUAGAUAGGAUCACUGACCAGAGGUUUGAAAAGGUGCCAUAUUUUGUCUUCGGAGACUUCAACUUCAGGUUGGAUACAAGGCAGGUUGUUGAGAGUCUGUGCUCCACUGCCACCAUGCAGACGGUCAGACUAGGUGACACCAAUGAAGUUGACAAGCUAAUAUUCAGAGAAUCUGAGAACGAUCGCAAGGUUGUACUUCAACUUGAAAAGAAGCUUUUUAAUUAUAUUAACCAGGAUGUUUUCCGGGAAAACAAUGGGACCCUGUUUUUACAGUUUGACAGUGAGCUGUCCUGUUUCAAGGAACGGCUGCACGAGCUGGAGAUAUCCUUUCCUCCCAGUUAUCCGUACAGUGAAGACAGCAGUCAGGGAAAGCAGUACAUGAACACUAGAUGCCCUGCCUGGUGUGACCGUGUCCUCAUGUCUGCCACAGCUAAAGACCUGGUCUUAAAGCCUGAAAAUGAGGAGAAGAACUUGGUCUAUGACAAUAUAGGGCCCAACGUCUGCAUGGGGGACCAUAAGCCUGUCUACCUGUCCUUUCGUUUAACAACCGGGGCAGGGAAGUGGUGCCAAAGGGUGGAAAAGAUAUCUGCGUGAAGCGCCUCUGUGAGAAGAACACGAGAGUUGGACACAGGAUACACACACACACACACACACACACACACACACACACACACACACACACACACACACACACACACACACAGACACUGAAGACCCUAUACAGACUUUUCAGCAGUGCUGACCAGUUGCAGUCGUUCUAACACUUCAUCCAUACAAGCUGUUGUUUUUCCACACAACACGUCAGUAUCUGGACUACCCACCCGAGACACGUUUGCGAUAAGACACAUCUUACUGACCUCACCAUUGCGACGCACCCUAUUCCCCCAGAGAAAGGAAGGACAACUAUUUUCCAUGUCACAGCCUUGUUGCCAAAACUCUAAUAGAAAUUAGUCAUAACUACAUUAUUUUAGAUACCAUAUUUGCAAUUUUAGGUACGCCUCUAACAUAGAAGCUACUUCCAUAAGAUGUUUUUAAAAAGUGCAAUGCAAAAAAAAUUGUAUAUCUAUAUUGUUAGGUUUAUUUGUACAUUGGACAGUAUAACAUAGAGUUGUUGAUGGUUUUAGUGCUGUUUUCUCUCUUCUGACCGAACUUUGUGGUCCCACUGUUUAGAAUAGAUAAAUAUUUUCACCUAAUUUCAUUUAGAUUUUAUUUUCUAGUUUUUUUUUAUUUGUCAUUGCUGACUUGUGUGCAUAACACUGCCAUGCCUCACAUCAGCUGAAUCUCAUUUUAUAUACUGUACUUUUUAAAGAGAUAAUUUAUCAUUCUUACCACAAUUGUUAUGCUGAAGUAUAUGGAGACAAUAUGGCUGCUGGGUGUUUCAUCAGCCAUGACCUUUGAAUCUAACAUUACAAUGGAGAGAAGAAAAGAAAAAAACUUAUUUUCAGCCAACAUGAUUUAUAUAGCCUAUCCAAGGAUGUUUUAAGCAGUGCCAUAGAUCAUAUAAGAUAUUGUUUCAUAUAUAGCAGUCUCACAUUAUUUCAUUAUUAUUAUUCUAACUUAUUUCUAUGUAAUAAUAUUAUGGUUCUGAAUGUGAUGUUUUUAGAUAGGCUUGGGUAUCUAUUUUUGUUACUGCAUUAUGGUGCCAAGUAUUGUACAAAGAAAUGAAUUGUGUAAGAGUUAACAUAAAAUAGUUAAGUCCAACUAAUAGAUAAAGGUAUUGAUUAUACAUUGUAAAAAAAAACAUCAACAAAAAAACGCUAAAGUCGGGAAAGACCAGGAAGAAUUGCUUUUGAAUUGUGUAUGUAGCCUUCAACAGCCUUCACUGCUAUGUUGCAAAUUAAGGUCCUCUCAUCGCUCGUUCGAGCGUUAAAAAGCGAUUAGGGGAGGCUGUUGAUGAAACGCGAAGGUUUCCUUUUAUUGAUUUAAUUUACUACACUACAGAGUUCAGACUGUGUGAAGCCGUUAGAUUGAUCCAGGAUUUUUUUUUCUUCAUCUAAAUCACCGCAAGUGGAAAUUAUUUUGUGACUGCCGCUGAAUUUGUUGUCUUAACAGUGUGAUUUGAUUCGUUGGCAAAACUGCUUGUUUUUCCCGCUGGUCACGUGAUAAGAGAAGCUGCAGUUUGUUCAGUUCUUUCAGCAGAUAGAGAUUCUAUACCCCAYUGACGUCAUGGCCUCUAGUGUUGGUUAUGCGGUUCUCAAGCAAUAAAACCAUUAGAACUCAA